GGUCUGUUACAGUUUCGCUUCUAGACAUAUUUAACGUUGUGUAAUGUAAUGAAAAGGUUCUUAGAGCCGGAAGUUAACAGACUAUAAGUUUAUGUUAACCGUGAUGUCGUGUUUCAUGAUCCCAAAGCAAUAUGUAUUUCGUCCUGGGAACAAAACUACGCAACAAAAUCUAUCCACACUGCCUGCAUCUUUCACUGGUGGUCUAGUGGUUAGGAUUCUGCGCUCUCACCGCCGCGGUCCGGCUUCGGUUCCCGGUCAGGGAACUUAUCUUUUCCCCCUCUCUACAUAAUAUGUAUCAGUUACAUUUCGCAGUUGCCGUGGGAUGUAAUUUCCAUAAAGGUCACACAACUUGUAACAAAGGAAGCAUUAAUCUUAUCAGCAACCCAUACACUCUGCAUAACUGAACAUCUAGGCAUACACAGAGCAUCGCACUGUUUCUCUGUGCACACAGACAAGUUUAUGUGAUUGGUACACUCCAUGUGCGGUCAGGCAAAUGGAGGGCAUUUAUGUGACAAUCCGAACAUCAUUAGCCCCUCUCGCAGGAUCAUACAACAUUCUUUGGGUCUCUCUGAUCGGUUCUCAAUGUGAGUGUCCACCAGUUAGGUCUUUUACAGAUGACCAGUGUCUCCUUCCUGGUUCGAGCUGCACUGUUCUGGUGAAGCCUGAUAAGGAAAUAGGUCCGGUGGUUCUGGUGCGUUUGCGGCUUGAGGCUCGGCCUGGAUUCCCCAAUCUCGACUGGCACUGUCAGGACGUGCAGCUGAAACUGAGCUCUGAUGCCACAGAAGUGGAGUGCUUCCCCUGCAACAGGUGGAUCAGAAUUGCAGAUGGUGAUGUGGAGCUCCGCAGCAAUAAAGUGUGCCUGCUGAAUAGUGAGUCACUGCAGAUGCUUCGAGAGCACAGGGCCAGGGACCUUCAGAAAAAGCAAAAACAGAUAAAAUGGAGGACUUUUGCGGAAGGUGCUCCCCAUUGCAUUGACAUGUCCAGUGCACAGGCCCUGGGUCCCAAUUUGAUUUUUACCCGACAAAGCCCAGGCACCAAUGUGCACUAUCUUAAGGGCUUUCAUGAUAGAAUUGAGCCAUGGAGCAGCAUGAAGGAAUUGGAGACGCUAUUCAACCUCAGUGGAAAAGAUAACACAGUUGCAAAAUAUGUUCAUGCACACUGGAAAGAAGAUGCCUUUUUUGGAUAUCAGUGUCUGAAUGGAUGUAAUCCUCUAAUGAUCAGACGGAUCCGCUGCCUUCCACCUAAUCUAGCUGUCACAUCCCAGAUGCUCAGAGAUUUCCUGCCAGAGGGUUCUUCUCUGGAGCAGGAGUUAGAGAAAGGAACUAUAUUUCUCCUGGACUAUGAGAUACUUGAUCAGUUACCUGCCAACGUUAUCAAUGGCAAGAAGUCAUACCUAGCUGCACCGCUGUGCCUCCUGCAUUACAACCACCAUGGAGAAAUGAAGCCUGUUGCUAUCCAGCUUCAGAAAAAUGCCGGGCCUCAAAAUCCGGUCUUCCUGCCUUCUGACUCUACACCUGACUGGUUGUUAGCGAAGAUAUGGGUCCGUAACGCAGAUUUCCAGGUUCAUCAGCUGCUCUCCCACUUCCUUCGGACUCACUUGGUAGGAGAAGUGUGCUGUAUCGCCACACUUCGGAAACUGCCAGAAAUACACCCUCUGCAUCAGCUUCUGAUGCCUCAUUUAAAGAAUUCUCUUCAGAUCAAUAUCCAGGCUCGAGCUUCUCUUCUGGGUCCUGAUGGUGUAUUUGAUAAGGCUAUAGGAUGUGGCCUUGAGGUUCUGCCUCUUCUGCUUGCUCGAGGCACCGACCGACUACACUACACUUCACUGUGUGUCCCAGAUGACCUGAAAGAGCGAGGACUGGAUAAACUGCCCAACUGUUACUAUGCACAGGAUGCUCUGAGGGUGUGGAAUGCACUUCACAGGUUUAUAUCAGCCUGGGUGGAACUGUAUUACCACGAUGACCAAGAGCUCCACCAUGACUCGGAACUCCAGAGCUGGAUCCAAGAAAUUCACAUUGAGGGAUUUCUUGGUUUUACCCACACAGGAUUUCCACAGACAUUUCAGACCAAGGCAGAACUUAGCAAGUACAUCACCAUGGUGAUCUUCACAAGUUCAUCACUGCAUGCAGCUGUGAACUUUUCUCAGGUGGACUUCAACUUAUGGAUGCCAAACUGCCCGUCUGCCAUGUUACGGCCUCCUCCUCAAGUGAAAGGCUUGGUGACAGAAGAAGAUAUUUUGACGUUCCUCCCUGAUGUUAACACCACCUGCAGGGUGCUCAGUGUGCUGUUCCUGCUGUCACAGCCUUCUCUUGACUAUGUGCCCUUGUGCCAGUACACAGAGUGGUACUUCAGCAGCGGCGCUCCUCACAAGCUUGUCGAAAUGGUGCAGAAAGACCUGAGGGACAUCGCUCAUGAGAUCCUCAAGAGGAACAGCAAACUGGAGCUUGCUUACCUUUAUCUCCAUCCAGAUAACAUUGAAAACAGUGUGGCUAUCUAAAAAUGAUUUCCUCAUCAUCAUUCAGUACAUAAGAUAAACAAUAAGCAUAACUAGAUUGUUUUUUAUUUCUUACAAGAGAUCUAUUGAUGCAUACUUAUAAAACAAAUUAAAGAUCUU